AUGGCAUCAAAUACACCAACUGGUGGUUGGAGAGUUAAAGUUGUUUCUCUUCCGGAGUCUGUCACACAUGCUCAACUAACUCAAAUAUUCGCUCUUCCAUAUUCUUGCGUUUACCUUCCCAAGGUCGACGAUGUUGGUACUUGUUAUGCAUGGAUCGAGAAUUUUACUGACGAAGAAGAUGCAAACAAGUUUGCAAAACAAUGGACAAAUUCAACAGUUUUUGGUAGACAAAUAAAAUGUAUCGUGAAACCGCCAAUUAUUAAACAAGAUAUUCUUCGUCCGUCACAUAAAUCAUCAAGGUCCGGUAACAAUAAAUUGUCGCACAAUAAACCUGGAGUAAGUGCUACUUGGCAAGAUUAUGAAAAAUGUGAAAAAUAUAAGUUGUAUGAUAAACGUGGAGGCGAAUAUAAACGUCCUGACCGUUCUGCUACAAAUAACGAGUCCAACAGUAUCGAAACCGAGACAUCAGGUAAGUCAUUAUAUAUCAUCAUACCAGUUAGGUUACUUUUUAAAACAAGAUCUGAACAAUUAAUUCAAAUAUUCUUUUAG